AACCCUCAGUUUAACUAUAACUAUUGGACCAAUAUCAUAUUUUCUUAGCUGUGAUAGCCGUUGGAAUACCUCUUACCGACAACCAUUAUUUCCCUGUGCCGUGUGAUACUUGAGUGUCGUCUUGCAAGCAGCCUCGGAACAAGCGCAACCGGGCAUCACCCUAACACACACUUAUUAUAUACAAUAUCAUCCUACUUGUACAUUUUUGCCCUCACAUUCACUGGUACCUUUCAUUGAUUGACUGAGGCCACCAUCUUUCAUAGCAAACUUAUCGGAGUUUAUUCCCGUGAACUAAACCUCUAGCAUUCUUGCUAACAUACCGCCAGUUAUUUCAAAGUAACAAUAACUUAUAUCCCGGAAAUCAGACAUCAUACACGGGCCAUCGUAUUUCCAUAGCUACUAGCAAUGUCCAAUCUGCCUGACACGAAGCCGCGUAAGACACGAAACCGCAUCCCGACGUCGUGCCUGGUAUGUCGCGGGCGGCGUAUUAAGUGCGGCAAGCAGAAGCCGCACUGCCUUAACUGUCAAGCCAACGAUUCGGUUGCAAUGUGUUUCUACGAACAGAAAUCAACGCGGAAGGCCAUGUGCGAGCAGAGAAGUCUCCGCCUGGAAAUAGGCGAAUUGCAGAAGCGGUUCAGUGUGUUACUGCAAGUUAUCGAGCAUCACGAAACGCGCGUGUCCGAGGCACCACCCGCACAGUCCCACGAUGUGCUGGAAUUGGUGGACCAACUCGACACCAUGGUGCUCAAUGGCGAUAGACCGAUGUACUUUGGUCCCACCUCAUACAUGUCUUUGCUAACUAACGACAGUGUGAUGAAGCCCGCAGUCGCGCAGAUGAUCGGGCGCUACAAAGAGGCGAACUAUAAAGGAAUAAACACCAGGCCAGAUGAGACUCCAUCCGCUGUAGUAGAUGAGACAGAAUCAGACUCUGAUUCUCAGCUACUUAGCUUAGGAAGAGCGGGAAGUGCCGGGGAAAAACUUCAGAGGGACUUCAGCUCUCCGAUAGGCCUUUUCCCGUCACCUACGGAGAAGGUCCCGUCCGCAGAGUACAUUGACCAAUCUGCCGCAUCGCUCACUGCGAUUUUUCCUAGCGAAUACGGCUCCAUCGCCUUCCAACAAGGUCUCUCUUCCAAGUUUCUUGAAAUCCUCCCCUCAAUAAAUCUCUCACUUCCCUCGCGUACGUGCUUCGACCUCCUCAUUGACCGCUUUUUCUCCCAUGUUUACGUGUGUAUGCCUUACAUUGACGAGGUUGCGUUCCGCCGCGAAGUGGAGGAAAUUAUAUUCACCAACAUGAGCGGCAACGUCUACUUCAACAUAGACGGCUUUACACACUUGGUCACCAUCUCUAUGUGUCUAAUGCUUAUGCGGUUUGCAUACCUCUCCAUACCCGUGGACCAGCUUCGGAGCCUUGCGCCAUAUGAGGCGUCACUCAUGGACGCGCAUAUGCGCGCGCUCCAUCAUGAAUUUGUUGUGGCAGGUGUGACUAUCGAAAGUAUAUACGUGGAAAAUGCCAAGGUAUGUCUCUCGUACGGCACCUUUUUCCGCAAACCCAACAUGCGCAAUAUUCAGGCGUUCCUUUACCUUUGCCUUUACCGCUUCCACUGCCCCGAGAAGGUAGAGGAGGGUACCGACUUGUCGGUGCUUCUCUCCAUGUUCCUUCAGCUGGCGCACAUGAGUGGGAUGCACCGCGACUUUGCGCACUUCGACCUCACUAUCAUCCAGUAUGACGAACAAACCAAGCAUUUGUGGCGCAAGAUUUGGUACGCGUUGGUGUACCUCGACUGCGCCCAGGCCGCCAAGUCCGGCUGUCCGAUGAUCGUAUACGACCAGUUCGAUACACAGUAUCCCGCGAUGACGCGCGAGCUUGUAGCUGAGGGCGGAUUGCACCUCCAUGAGGCACAGGCAGUGGAGCACGUGCGGCUCAGUGCCGAUGCAGCACUUCUUGUGCGCGCGGCGCUUUGCCUGUUGACGCAGAUUCACAGAGCGUGCAAGGUUUCGGAGCACCAUGAGCACAACCGGCGGAUCGAGGAGUUUUUGGCGACCCGGAUUCCCACCUUUGACGAGUUGUUUGUGCGGCCGCAGAGUGAGACUUUGGUCGACGAGCUUGUCCGCUUGAACCAAUUGCUGGUACGUGUGUUCCUCACUUAUGUACAGUACACCACGAACUACGCGCUUGCGCUCGCGUGCGCAGAAGACGCGCAACUCGAUACGUUCCGCGGCAUCUUCUCGGAUCGCGCUGCUGAGAAGGGUUUUCUCUUAUUCAAGUUGGGGUAUAUGUGUAUAGAUGAGUGGAAGCUCGUGCAGAGCUUCCCUAGCGGGACGGAGACGAUGUUAGUUGUGCCGGUCUUGUACAUGGCGCUGCGCGCACUUCAGAUGGUAACUUCUGUGUGUGUGCGUUCGUUAUAUGACCUGUUUUCGUUGUACUUGGCGGGCGAGUCCUUUCAGAGCAGUGAUCUGGACGGCUUAGUUGCAUGGUUGGGCAUUGGGCACGCGACCAACGAGCGCCAAAACUUAGAGAGCAUCGUCAACUUUCUCCACUUGUACCUCCAACAUGCGCAACGGCUAGCAGAGAAGCGCGCUAUAAGCAUGCGCAUCUCGCUCAUCUUGAUUAGCACGCUUGUAUACUUGAACGAUGUGGGAUAUUAUAACAGAGAUGUGGACUGUGAUGGAGGCGCGGAAGCCCCGGAGGAAGCGCUACCAGAAAUUUCCCAAGAUGCAGGGGCGAUGGACCAAAUCUUUGACAGUCAUUUGUACCAAGUUGGCAUAGACUUGGACCAGUCAUUCAACUUGGAUACGCCGCAGGAGUUUUUCCUGGACCCAGCCUUCUCUAGUAUGGGGUAUUUCUAUCUGGAGUUUCAUGGUUAGUGCUUGUAUUAUAUAUAACAUUGGAUGUGUGAAUU